ACGGUAACACUGCCACUGUGAUUACCAAAUACUAAGUAAUCGAAUACUAAUAAGUAUUUGCUUGCAAGUGAAAUUAUAAAUUAUAAAGAGCGCCGUCUUUGAGUUAUUGUGUGAAGAAAAUUUUCAAUAAUAUUUUGCGAAAUUUAAGCUGCUUAUUAUCGUUUAAGAUUAAUUCGUUUUUAGAUAUAAUUUUGAAGUUUAUUGUGACACAAAAAUAUAAAAAAUGUUGAGCAUUGUGGGAAGCAAAACUAACAUCAAUAAAGAGAACAAUGUUGGAGAUUAUACAGCUAAACUAGGUGACUCGGCCAGGAAGCGUUCAGUUAAGAAACAACCAUUCAACGCAUUGCAAAAUGUUAUGCAUAAGCAGACAUUCGCAACACCUUUCAAAAGUGCUAACAUUCAAAACUCAGCGAAAUUCCAUAACAACGUACAAUGUUCUCUACCGCGUAAAAAGUUUGGUCAACACUUGACGCCGACUACAAAGCCGCAAACAUCACUAUCAUCUGCUCAAAUUUCUGAAAUGGAUCUUCUUCUUGAUUCUUUCGAUAUUGAUAGACCUUGCUGCAAGGAGCCUUACAAAAGUCUCGAGCAAAUUUGGUCUGAAAUGGAUUUAAUUGAUGACGCUCGCCUGAAUAAAUUGAUAAACGGCGAUAUUACAAAGAUUGAUGAGGAACCCGAAAAUAUUUCAGAUUACGAUGCUAAUUUCAGCGAUGAUGAUGAAUUCGAUUUUCCAUUAACAAAUUUUUCAAAUCCUCACACUAAUGAUGAAUUCGAUCAACUAUUUAAAUUAGAGAAACCCAUUUUGUGUGAUGAUUACGAUUUUUAAUUUUUUAUAUUUAUUUAUGUUCAUUUCUGAAUUUUGCUUCCUUUUUCAUUAUAUAUGAAAAUGUGUGUUUAUUUAUAAUUAAAAUAUUUGAACGAUUCAAGAAGUUCUUAAUACAUACAUUUACUUGAUCAAUUACUCAUAUUAAUGGAAACCACAUUUAUUUAAUAAUUUCCUUUUUUAUUUUAUGUAUAUGUAUUGACGUUUAACGUAGUUAUGUUAAUCGUAGUUAUAUCUUACUUCCAUU